UAAACACUCCGCGGCGGUGGCGGCUGCUGCUCUGUCAGGGUUCUGUCACGGUGUCGGUGGUGCCCAGCUCACUGACCCCCUCCCCCUCCCGGCGAGCGUGGUCGCCAGAGAGGCUCCUUCAGCCCUGCUCUGCGGGGUCCAUAGCGGGGCGCGGGUGUCCGGCGGCGGCGGCGAGCCCGUGGGCAGUGGGGGUUGGUCCCGUGGCUCCGGCCCCCGGUGCAGAAUGGCGGCGGCGGUUCGGAUGAACAUCCAGAUGCUGCUGGAGGCGGCCGACUAUCUGGAGCGGCGAGAGAGAGAAGCUGAGCAUGGUUAUGCCUCCAUGUUACCAUACAACAACAAGGACAGAGAUGCCUUAAAAAGGAGGAACAAAUCCAAGAAGAACAGCAGCAAUAGCAGGUCAACUCACAAUGAAAUGGAGAAGAAUAGACGGGCUCAUCUUCGCUUGUGCCUGGAGAAGCUGAAGGGGCUGGUGCCACUUGGGCCCGAAUCAAAUCGACACACUACGUUGAGUUUAUUAACAAAAGCCAAAUUGCACAUAAAGAAACUUGAAGAUUGUGACAGAAAAGCUGUCCACCAAAUCGACCAGCUGCAGCGGGAGCAGCGGCACCUGAAGAGGCAGCUGGAGAAGCUGGGCAUCGAGAGGGUCCGCAUGGACAGCGUCGGCUCCACCGUCUCCUCCGAGCGCUCCGACUCCGACAGGGAGGAAAUCGAUGUAGACGUGGAGAGCACAGACUAUCUCACGGGCGACCUGGACUGGAGCAGCAGCAGCGUGAGUGAUUCUGACGAGCGGGCCAGCACGCAGAGCCUGGGCAGUGACGAGGGCUACUCCAGCGCCAGUGUCAAGAGAAUAAAGCUCCAGGACAGCCACGACGUGUGUCUCGGCCUAUGAGGGCGCGUGUGUGCGGCCGCCCCCGGAUGGUUCUCCCUGUCGGCUCUGAUUAGGUAGUGUACUGGACCUGCCCGCCUCGCCCUCGCUCGUCCACGUCCGUGUACCCCGCCUCUACCACAGUCAGCUGGGUCACAGUUUCCAAGGAAGUGCUUAGGCCUGUGGGCAUCGGAUGGCACCCACUAGCUUCUCGUUCUCUCCAUCACAACCCAUCUCCGAGAGACUGUACAUUCCAGGCAGUCUGAAGCACCCGAGACUCUAGACCGAGCGAGCAAUUGUCGCAUCUCAGCAAGUCCCCAUCUCCUCUCCUGUCCCGUGUCAUCCACCAGACUUUUCUGCCGAGUUUUCUGGCUUACUGUGUUACCUGCCUAGGAGAAGUGUCUGAGUGUGUCUUGUGCUCAGGAGACUGAAGGAAACCAACUUUCCAAGUGGAGAUCCUGACCUCAGAACUCCAAAGGAAGCUUCGAGAGCUCUUCCCCGUGGGCCUCGCCCCCGUGAGGAAGUCAGGAGCCACCUCGGGCAAACACCCCUCGCACCCAGCCCACGCGCACCCCGCCUCGCCGCCGCGCCUGGGUGGGAGCAGUAUUUCUCACUUGACAGCGUGUCUCUGGGCUCGCACAGCCGAGGAAGGUUCCACCACUGUUCUCACAAACAAAUGGCACCAUGUGUUUUUGUGCGGUGUUCAUGGGACCUUGCUGUGUACCGCUAUCUCAAGGCACAUUUUCCCCAGAAGUUUGUCAGUGCUACUUGUCUCUGGAACUUUUUUUUUUCCUACCUCAGAGAUAAAUGAGAUCUCCAUUUCCCACUUAACACAAAGUGAUUAUGCCUCUUCCCCCUCCCCCCCAUAAGUGACAUUUGGUCCAAUGCUAAUCUAUUUUCCUAUUUAACUUUCAGCAAUAACUGAGCUUUGGCACUAGCUGAGCUGGUGGCCAUCAUCAGUGAAAGAAAAAGUCCGCAUUUCUACUCUCUGUGUUGCAGGUGAACAGGAGGGGACGGGACGGGGUUGCUAGAAUCCCUCUCCUUCUUGAUUAUUUUUGGAUACACCCAGAAACUUCUUUCUGGAGGCUUUUGGGCUGAUAGUUUAAAAGGCUGAUUUUUCUUUUUGGUUAUGAUUUCUCCCUUAAGUGGUCUCCCACUUUGUAGCAUUUUUAUUUAAGCUAAAACAGAGCACAUGUAUAUGUACAUAAGACACAUUAAAUCUAUAAAUACUAUUUAUUCAUUUUAUAUAAACUAAUGUAAUGGAAAAUAAAUUCUUAUGACUUUGUGCUUUUAUAGAUGUUCUAGGAACUUUGUAUGUAGGUAUCUAUGAAAUUGGUUCAUUCCCCUCGAUAUUUUUGCAUUCAUAUUUUUUGAGGUCUUGAUGCUUUCAGCCUCUGGUGAAUCUUUUUCAUUGAAUUUGAACCAUUUGUAAAAUCUGUGAUGCUGAAACAGUGUGUGUGUGUCACAAAGUGAUGGAACAUUCCGCAAAUCCACGGACGCACUGCGACCCAAGGGCUCAAGGGCUGACUCGGCAGUGGGCAGCGCCCGUGCGGCCCCGCCGGCCGGCAGUCACUGGCACAGCACAGCCUCGCAGCUCAACCAGCGCCUCCACCUUCCGCACCACUGAAGUCAGAGUUCGGAUGCACUCUGCGUGGAAGUCCAUUCUGCACCUGAAGAGCAAUCCAAACAAAGCAAGAGUACUUUUGUGGAACUCUUUUUUUUUUUUUUCCAUAAUUCUUUAAUGUAUUAAAAAAAUUUUUUUUAAUUGGAAGUAGUAGAUUUGUAAAUGAUUCCAAAGUCACCUGUAAUGCUUUUGUUUUGUUCUGGUUUUUCUUCCUUUUGGCUUUGGGUGGGAGGAGAGGCAGGUGACACAAAAACUUUUUUUUUUUUUUUCCUUUAAAUUGUUGGAAACUUUUCCAAUUACCAGCUGAAGAUUUGCACUGAAAUACAACUUGUAUGCCUUUUGCAUUUUGAGAGCCUGCUUCCUGAGUUUAAGCAGAGUGACAGUGUUCACGAGCCAGCUCCGUCUGUUAACACAUUGGAGAAAGAUAGUUCUGCACUUGGAGGUCCCUUUCGGAUGCCACUCACGAGACCUCUGGAUUUUGUCGAAUUGCUACAUUCAAGCGCCUCCCAAGUCCGCGAUGCUGGAUGCUAGAUGGCAGCAGAAACUCAAGACUUUGAGAAAGCUGUGGGCUUGCACUGGGGGAGGGAAGGGAACGAAAUUUGUGUCCUUGUUUGUUUCAUUUAGAAAUAAGGCAUCUGAGGGAUGCCGUUGUUGUCUGUGUUUUAAUUGUUGUGCCUUUGAGUUAAACUGCAUUUUUGUCUUUUGGUUGAAAUAUGAAAUGUACUGUCCCAAUAUAAAAUAGUCAUUAUUUGACCUUU